AUGGCGAAGAGAUUUCUGGCAGACAGUUCGCAAGCAUUAGCCAAUUCUCCAGAGGAAGCUCCGCAAUCUGAUAGUUCUCAUCAUAAAUACAUUUUGGGAGGAGUUAUUAUCGCUGUUUUUGCAGUCUUGUUGGGCGUCUCGUUGUUCUUCUUUUUCUGGAGAAAGCUCUUGCCACUUAUAAGGCGAAAAUGGACUCAAAGAGGAGGACUCAGAGCUGAAAGUUUAAUGUUAAGGUGCUUCCAGCUAGAGGAGCUACAGAGGGCAACUAAGAAUUUUAGUGAAGAAUGUUUAGUGGGUUCAGGGGCAUUUGGAAAUGUGUACAAAGGGACAUUUGAUGCUGAAGGAAUUCUAGCAAUCAAAAGAGCUCAUGCUGGUUCAUACCAAAGUGUUGAAGAAUUCAGAAAUGGACAGAAAGGAGCAAAAGUAUUGGUUUAUGAAUACGUACCAAAUGGCUCUCUGCUUGACUACAUCAUGGGGAGAGGAGGCAGAAGCUUAACCUGGAGGCAAAGAGUAAACAUUGCAAUUGGAGCAGCUAAAGGGAUUGCUCAUUUGCAUGAAGGGAUAAAGCCAAGCAUAAUCCACCGUGACAUAAAACCAAGUAAUAUUUUACUAGGAGAGGGAUUUGAAGCGAAGGUUUCUGAUUUUGGUCUUGUGAAAAUGGGACCAAUUGAUGAUCAAUCUCAUGUCAGUAGCCAAAUCAAAGGGACGCCAGGAUAUCUUGACCCUGCAUAUUGUUCAAGUUUUCAUUUGAGUCCUUUCAGUGACGUUUAUAGUUUUGGCGUUAUUCUUCUACAGCUCAUUGCUGCCAGGCCUGCAGUUGACACAACCAGAACUCAACCUAAUUAUCACAUCAUUGAAUGGGCAAGGCCUAGCAUAGAGAGGGGCAAUAUAGAAGAGAUUUUAGAUGCAAAUCUUCUAACUGCGCCAUGCAACAAGGAGAUCAUGCAAAAAAUGGGAGAACUUGGUCUAAGAUGUGUGGUGAAAAUGCCCAAAGAUCGUCCUACAAUGACUCAAGUAUGGCAAGAAUUGGAGGAGGCUCUUCAUUCUGGUGAAAACUUCAACCACAAACGGCGGUCUACUUCGACUUCGAAUGAAUCUCGAAGAUCAUCGAUAGGGCGGUCUCGAAGAUCAAUUGACAAUGAUCAUUCUCAAAGCUUUGUGAGCAUAGAUGGUGUGGGAUUUCAAAGGUUUCGCAUAGAGAUGGAUAGCCAGUCAUUUCAAAGCACAAGCUUGAGGCGUUUUGAGAUGGAUAGUAUUAGCAUUGAUGUUGACAAGAACAAUUUGAGAGGAAUCAGAGAAGAAGAUGUUAAAACUUGA